AUGAUCACACAUACGGAGUACCAACUGUACGGGCCGAUCUACCUGCUCCUCGUAUCAAACGUGUCAGCGACAGGACAAACUACGGAGACGAAGCAACAGCACAUAAUCUGCUGCACCCCCCUCUGCAUUCCCUCUACGGAGUCCAUGAAAAAGAGUUUUUUAGUCCUCGCACUAAAGAUGAGAUUGCACAGAUAUUCCAAAAAGUGGGUCUCAACGUUGCUGAGAAGACGUUUGAAGAGGCCUGGAAGUUGGCGUCCAUGAGACAUCCUGCUGGUGAUGUAUGUGUGGAAAGCUUUCGAAAUGUGCUUGGUGAACUACGGGCAAAUUAAACACAACAUUUGAGUAUUUUAAUUUAAUUUUAUUUAUAA